AUGGCAGAAAAUCUGCAGGACCUACAACAGAUGCUGAAUGACCUGGCUGACUCUUCUAUGCGCAUCGGCCUACGGAUGAACUUGGAUAAAACCAAGGUCAUGUUCAACGAACACGUACUACCGGAACCGAUUGCAGUAUGCGGUGCCGUUCUCGGAAUUGUUCCAAAAUAUGUAUACCUCGGGCAAACAUUGCAGUUAGGUAGAAACAACUUCGAGAGCGAGGUAAAUGGAAGAGUUCGGCUAGGUUGGGCAGCGUUUGGGAAACUACGUCAGGUCUUUACAUCGUCGAUCCCGCAGUGCCUAAAGACAAAAGUCUUUAAUCAGUGCGUCCUACCCGUUAUGACACUGACGGCACGGCUGGUCCACAAGUUGAAGGUCGCUCAGCGCGCUAUGGAAAGGGCUAUGCUCGGCGUUUCUCUGCGGGAUCGAAUCAAAAAUGAGGUGAUCCGGCAGAGAACCAAGGUUAUCGACAUAGCCCACCGGAUUAGCAAGCUGAAGUGGCAGUGGGCUGGCCAUAUUAGCCGCAGAACCGAUAACCGUUGGGGUAAACGAGUUCUUGAGUGGAGACCGCAUCUCGGCAAACGUAGUGUAGGACGUCCUCAGGCGCGGUGGAGCGAUGAUUUGCGCAAGAUGGCUGGCAGGAGCUGGAUGCGAACAGCCGAAAAUCGAAAUAGAUGGCGUGCAAUUGGGGAGGCCUAUGUCCAGCAGUGGACGAAUAUGGGCUGAUGA